AUGUUACUAUAUAUAACCUUUAUAUUGAUUUUACCAUUGUAUGCUGAUCGAAAAACUUCAUUUCGAAGUUCAUUUUCAUGUUUUAAAUGUACACAUCAUGAUAAACCACAAGAAAUGAAAGAAGCAACAUGUAUGAAAAAAUUUGAUUUAAGUAAAUAUACACAAGAAGAAUGUCAAAGUGAAAAUGGUCCAGGUAAAUGUCUUAAAUCAUAUGAAAAAACUGAAGCACGUACAAAAAAACAAAUUGAAGAUGAUGAACGUUCAGUAACAACACGUAAAUGUGUAUCACAAGAUGAACUUGAUUAUUUAAAAAAUGUACGAAAUAUUGAUACAAGUGAUG